GAGCUCACGUAGCGAGGGCUGCAGUCACCGCCUCCCCAGUGCCGCCGUCGCGGCCUAGAGGUUAUAAAAGGGCUAACGGGCUCCCUCUGCUGCCCAGUCGCGCCGCUAGCGGUCCGAGGGGGCGAUUGGGUGUCCCGGCCGGUGUGCAGGCGACAGGGGACUGAGGAACGCGCCGUCUUCUUGUCCCACUUCCCAGGUGUGUGAACUUAUGAAAAUGAUGUCUUCCAAGAUGAUCUGGCAUAUUUUAGUUGUAGGGAUUCUACUUCCCCAGUCUUUGGCCCAUCCAGGCUUUUUUACUUCAAUUGGUCAGAUGACUGACUUGAUCCAUACAGAGAAAAAUCUGGUGACUUCGCUGAAAGACUAUAUUAAGGCAGAAGAAGACAAAUUAGAACAAAUAAAAAAAUGGGCAGAGAAGUUAGAUCGGCUAACCACCACAGCAACAAAAGAUCCAGAAGGAUUUGUUGGGCACCCUGUAAAUGCAUUCAAGUUAAUGAAACGUUUGAACACUGAGUGGAGUGAGUUGGAGAAUCUGGUCCUUAAGGAUAUGUCAGAUGGCUUUAUCUCUAACCUAACCAUUCAGAGACAGUACUUCCCUAAUGAUGAAGAUCAGGUUGGGGCAGCCAAAGCUCUGUUGCGUCUCCAGGACACCUACAAUUUGGAUACAGAUACCAUCUCAAAGGGUAAUCUUCCUGGAGUAGAACACAAAUCUUUUCUAACAGUUGAGGACUGUUUUGAAUUGGGUAAAGUGGCAUAUACAGAAGCAGAUUAUUACCAUACAGAACUGUGGAUGGAACAAGCACUACGGCAGUUGGAUGAAGGCGAGGUUUCUACCAUUGAUAAAGUCUCUGUUCUAGAUUAUUUGAGCUAUGCAGUGUAUCAGCAGGGAGACAUGGAUAAGGCACUUUUGCUCACGAAGAAGCUUCUUGAACUAGAUCCUGAACAUCAGAGAGCUAAUGGUAACUUAAAAUAUUUUGAAUAUAUAAUGGCUAAAGAAAAAGAUGCCAAUAAAUCUGCUUCAGGUGACCAGUCUGAUCAGAAAACCACACUAAAGAAAAAAGGGGUUGCUGUGGAUUACCUGCCGGAGAGACAGAAGUACGAAAUGCUGUGCCGUGGGGAGGGUAUCAAAAUGACUCCUCGGAGACAGAAAAAACUCUUUUGCCGCUACCAUGAUGGAAAUCGGAAUCCUAAAUUUAUUCUGGCUCCAGCCAAACAGGAAGAUGAAUGGGACAAGCCUCGUAUUAUUCGCUUCCAUGAUAUCAUUUCUGAUGCAGAAAUUGAAAUUGUCAAAGAUCUAGCAAAACCAAGGCUGAGGCGAGCCACCAUUUCAAAUCCAGUAACAGGAGACUUGGAGACGGUACAUUACAGAAUUAGCAAAAGCGCCUGGCUCUCUGGCUAUGAAAACCCUGUGGUGUCUCGAAUUAAUAUGAGAAUACAAGAUCUAACGGGACUGGAUGUUUCCACAGCAGAGGAAUUACAGGUAGCAAAUUAUGGAGUGGGAGGACAGUAUGAACCACAUUUUGAUUUUGCACGGAAAGACGAGCCAGAUGCUUUCAAAGAGCUGGGGACAGGAAAUAGAAUUGCUACAUGGCUAUUCUACAUGAGUGAUGUGUCAGCAGGAGGAGCCACUGUUUUUCCUGAAGUAGGAGCUAGUGUUUGGCCCAAAAAGGGAACUGCUGUUUUCUGGUAUAAUCUGUUUGCCAGUGGAGAAGGAGAUUAUAGUACACGACAUGCAGCCUGUCCAGUACUAGUUGGAAACAAAUGGGUAUCCAAUAAAUGGCUGCAUGAACGUGGACAAGAAUUUCGAAGACCAUGCACCUUGUCAGAAUUGGAAUGACAAACAGGCUUCCCUUCCUCUCUUGUUGUACUCUGAUGUGUUUCACACACACAUUUCCCAGUCUUAACUUUCAAGAGUUUACAAUUGAGUAACACUCCAUGAUUGAUUCAGCCAUGAACCUCAUCCCAUGUUUUCUUCUGUGGACAGUCACUAACUUUGUGGAGUUUUUCCUUUUAAAAUUAACACUAAAUCACCACACUGUACAUUAAAAUCUCAAAGUCAUUAUCACAGAGGACAAAGCAAAGUGCAGGUCAAUUUUUUUUAUCCAGCCAAAAAGUUCUUAGUAUUUCACUACAUCUCAGUUGGUAGGUGGGAGGCUAGAAGGGCUAUCUCAUUAAGGAACAGAUGCCUUAGAAUAUGUACCUAGGUAUUAUGUUCCCUAGUCUGUUGUCUUUUCUGGAUCUGCCUGAAGACAAGGAAUAAACUAGCCUCUAAUCUGGGUUCUACACAUUUGCCCCUCCCCAGUCCUUUUUAAAGUAUACUAUAUUUUACCAAUCCCCAUCUUCUCUCAUAGCUCCUCUGUAUUGAAUUAAAUCUAUUAGAGUUUAAAAAUACUUUGAUCUAAAAAAAUGUUUUUAACAGAAAGCCCUACAUAACAAAAGUGAUCACUUACUCUGUUUCUCCUUUUUCUUAAAUUACUGAUAUUGUCCAUAAAAUUUGCUAUUUCUCUUAAUUCUAAUACCUUGCCUCUUAUUCCUGCUACAGCAGGGUGGUGAUAUUGAAUAAAUAUUGUGCCUUAGGAGACUGGAAAUUUUUAAAUGUAAAAGUCCUUUCAAUGAUGAGGGAAUUGAUUUUUUUAAAACAAUCUUUUUCCUAAAAAGUCAAAAUGUUUGUUUUUUCAAUUAUGAAAUGUGUUGUGACCUAUUUAUGAUCUUAAAUCUUUUUAAAAAAUGUU